AAUUGAGCACGCGCUUGUUCAGUGUUAAUGAAUCCCUCAGCAAUACAUGAACUAUUAACAGCGAAUUAUAGUAAAAACUUCUGAGUUUACUUCUGAGUUUGCUGACAGAAGAACAUAAGUGAUGGAUGUAGACCUGAAAUGUUCCGCUUUAUUUAUUUAUUUGUUUAAUUUGGACGUUGGGUAAAGCAGAAUCCCAUGUUUGUGGUCACUCUCGGUGUGUCCACUAGGUGGCAGUAGGAACUAUUUCGUGGUGGAAUGGUACAGAAGAAGAAGAAGAAGAAGUGCAGUCAAAACGUGAAUUCUUCAUCAACACAAACCACUCGCUUGGGAGUCAUGAGCUGCCUGUGGAUGGGUAAUGUUGAUCCCUACAUGGAUGAAAAAUUUGUCUCCAGGGCUUUUGCCACCAUGGGAGAGCUUGUGGUCAGUGUAAAAAUUGUUCGAAACAAAGCAAACAAGUCUGCUGUUGGGUAUUGCUUUGUGGAGUUGGCGGAUGAAGCUACAGCAGAGAGAUGCCUCCGUAAAGUCAACGGGAAACUUCUACCACGAUCCAUGCCGCCCAGAAGAUUCAAGUUAAAGAUGGCUGGGAAUACUGGGAAGCCAGGAGAUAACAGAAACGACAGUGGGUAUUUUGAUCUCACCUGCUCUCAGCCAUACACAUGUGACAACAACCAGUACUAUGAUUUCAACUGCUCUCAGCCGUACACAUGUGACCACAACCAGUACUAUCAGCAGUGCCCUAACUACUACUCAAACUGGGGAUAUGAUCAGAGUGCGAGCAGCAGUUCAUAUAACUGCUAUAAUCAGGCUUAUGAAGACACAAGUGAAGAUGAUGGGCUUGAAGACCCCAGUUUAAGCUUGGAUGUGGGAGAAGCAAACAGACAGUUCAUGAUGGACAGUGAGGAGCUCUAUGAUGCCCUUAUAGACUGCCAUUGGCCUGCUUUUGAAUUUCCUGACUCUCCUGAAUACCCUCCUGAAUACUCAUAGCUUGAGUAGACAGACUCCAUAUCCUCUGGUGUGACAGAGGACUAACGUGGUCCCUUCAGAAGAUCCUGUGUGAAGGUGUGAGGAUGAAGCUGUUUUAUGCCAUCUUCUCCAGUGUCCUGAGAAAUGGGAGUGAGUUUAAACAACAGAUAUCUGAAACAUGAGGAUAUAACAUGGACUUUUAUGCAGUGCUUGAAAGGAUGCAAUCCACAGAAGCUGUUCCGUUUCCUUUUCUUUCUGGUUCUUUUCAUUUUUUUUUUUUAAUGGACAAGCUGCACAGCUUGGUUACUCUAAAUUAUUUUAUGUCUUUUCUUUGCUAUGAAUCAAUCUCCUGAUACUCCUGAUUUUGGUAUGGGGGCAGGUGCAUUAUUAACUGCUGGCCAUGUUAAAGGGUAUUUCAUACUGAAAUUGAUGUUUGUCAGAUCAGAUGAUGUGUUUGCCCCAAGUGUCUUUUGCACUGUUGCCAUUAUUAUCAUUAUUGUAAACAGUAAGAAUCUUUUGAGGUUAUGCAGCAGUCUAAUUUUACACACGCACACCAUUGUGCUCAUUGAUAUAGAACUUGUUGAUAUUUCUGCACUGUUUGUGUUCCUAUGGAAAAUAUGUCAAAAGAAUGGUUUCUUGCUUUUUGUAAGGAAUAUAUUUUCAUCAUUGUAAUGAACACUGCUGUGUCUCUGUUGUUGCAACUAAUUGUUUCCAGAGCCUUCACUUUUUCCAUCCAUCCUCCUCUGCUAUAAAUCAUCACUUACAUUUAUUCCUCACGGUUAAUUUACUACACUUGAUUAACCUGCAACAAGAUAAUUUAUCAUUACUAUGAUAUGAACUGAAGACAGUGUUUUUUGCAUCAAACACAUUGCCAUAAUCUAUUCUCAAGUCGUAAUACUUGCUUUGAAACCUACAUCUGUACAUGUAUCCCUUGUCAUAGGUAAGAGUAUUCUAUGGGCUUGUUACUGAGAUUUUUUCUAAGCAGAAGUGGGUAAGUUUGAGGUGUUGCUACUUCCAGCUACAACAUUUGUCUUCAGAUCCUCUUACUUGUGUUGCCAAUGAAUUUAUUUUAGAUAUACUGACUUGUUAAAGAGAAAAAAUUCCAAAGUGGAGUUUGUAAUAAAU